GGCCCCGCCCCGCCGCACCCCAGGCCGCGCGGCGUCACUGAGCGCAUGCGUGCCGCGGGGGAUGCCGGGAGCGCGCAGUGGCGGCACCGGCGGCGACAGCAGUCAGAGCGGAGGCUACAGCGGGGACGCGAGCGGGGCGGUGACCGUGUGGGAGGUGGUCUCACUCUUGGGGAAGCUGCUGGGCACCGUCGCCGUGCUGAAGGUGGUUCUGUACCUGCUCCGGGUGUGCUUUGCGAUGGCCUGGAAAUCCGGCGGCGCCAGCCACUCGGAGCUAAUCCACAAUCUCCGCAAAAAUGGAAUCAUCAAAACAGAUAAAGUAUUUGAAGUAAUGCUGGCCACAGACCGCUCCCACUAUGCAAAAUGUAACCCUUACAUGGAUUCUCCACAAUCAAUAGGUUUCCAAGCAACAAUCAGUGCUCCACACAUGCAUGCAUAUGCACUAGAACUUCUAUUUGAUCAGUUGUAUGAAGGAGCUAAAGCUCUUGAUGUAGGAUCUGGAAGUGGAAUCCUUACUGCAUGUUUUGCACGUAUGGUUGGAUCUACUGGAAAAGUCAUAGGAAUUGACCACAUUAAAGAGCUAGUAGACGACUCAAUAAAUAAUGUCAGAAAGGACGAUGCAAUGCUUUUGUCUUCAGGGAGAGUGCAGCUGGUUGUGGGAGACGGACGGAUGGGAUAUGCCAAAGAAGCCCCUUAUGAUGCUAUUCACGUAGGAGCUGCGGCCCCGGUUGUGCCCCAGGCACUGAUAGACCAGUUAAAGCCUGGCGGGAGGUUGAUACUGCCUGUGGGGCCGGCGGGCGGCAACCAGAUGCUGGAGCAGUACGACAAGCUGCAGGACGGCAGCGUCAAGAUGAAGCCCCUGAUGGGCGUGAUCUACGUGCCUUUGACAGACAGAGAGAAGCAGUGGGCCAGGUGGAAGUGAUUUUACCUUCUGCUCUUUCUUCUUCCACACGCGCAAGGGACGAACUGUAAAAGCGCCGUCAGCUUGACCAGUAAAUAAUAUGACAGUGGAUUGCUCAUCUCAGUUCUCAAAGCUUUUUGAAAACCAACAGCAUCACAGCUUGUUUUGGACUUUAUGACACUAUUAUUUUCAGCAUGAAAAUGUGUGGUUUUGUAGGGUUUCUAAUUCUUCAAAGAGGCACAGAAGCUGAAUUGGUAGAGGAGCGAUGCAAAGUACAGAUCUGUGGAUUUGUUAAUUUAACAUGCCCACAUUUUACUUUAAAAUAUUAAAAGAUGAGGUUCUGCCAAAUGGAAAACUUAGUUUGUGAAUUGAUUCUGAGGAGUGGUUUUUCUUAGACACUUAAUUCUGUUUCAAUUUUAAUUCAUCGGAUCGCUUUUGUGCACCACAUAACAUCACCAUUCACAAGUUAAGAUUCUUGGAUUUUGGAUGUCUGUUAGAUGCCACUAAGAAACUAGAGAUGAGCUUCCUUUUUAAAGCUUUUGAUGUGGUGUCCUAGACUAGCAUGCUGUAGACACAAUCAGCUGCUUUGUUACCGUAAAACUAAGCGUUUGUAAAUAUUAAACUUACGGAGAUGGCAGGUGAUGUCCUUUCAAACACUUGGCUGUUCAGAGAGGACAUAACGGACAGUGCUUUCCCUCUUUAAAAUUACAGGCGACUUGUAGCUUAGUAUUGCUUUUCUGUUUCCAGCUUGCUGCUGAUAAUGUACGUGGGUUUAACAUGCUGUGGAAGCUGGCUCCUAGUCACUGAACAGUUUAUGCAGUGCUGCUUUGCCAAAUAAAGUUCCAAGUAAAAGAGG